UUGCGUUUUCCCUUUUGUGGUGUUCUUCUUGUUGUUGAUUCUCAUGAAGAUGAGUGGUCUAUCAAAAACUCUGCAGAAACAUCUCCGUGAUAGCGCAGAGAAGGGUUCGCCAUCAGCCGUUCUCUUUGCCCAGAUUGCUUUUGUUCCUACAACAAUUUUUUUGUGGAAAACCAGACUAUGCGCAGAACAUGAUAGCACUGGAAUCAUAGUGGCGUUGUCUUACCAAAGCAUCUCAGCCGUUCUGAUAUCUAAUUUGUGGCGUUUGAGUCAAUGUGAAUCCAUCCAUGGUAAGUGUUGCUCCAUGCUAAACCCAAUAGCAAAUGGCAUCUCCUUGAUUUUGGGUAUUGUUUUAAAGGAAUUUUAUGAGAAAUCCUUGAGUUUCCUGGGAUUUGCCUUGAGCAUCACAGUUUUGUUUCUGAUCCUACUGGUCAUAAUACGACCCCCCACGGACCUUGGGUUGACCAGUUUUCUAAUUGGAGUCAUUGGAUCAGUUGCUUACAAUCUUUUCAGACACAAAUUUCAAACUUGGAUAGUUUUCGCCAUUUGUUUUCUGCUAUUUGGUUUUAAGGGCUGGAUAGAUAAGAAAUGGUUGGAGGUGGAAGUUGAUCAUAAGCCACGGGAAGACCGAAGUUCCAAGUCAGAGAUUAUUGAGGCAGUAGUAGUGGCGGGUUUCCACCUCUUUUGGGUUUGGAAUUUGUUUAGAAUCAAUUGUCUAAAAAUAGAAGUGUCUGCCAAAUCCAUAUCUUGCACCUUAAGUUCUAUAAUGGGAAUGCUAGCAGGUGUGCUCAUUUUCAUUUUGUGGUUCGGUCUUGCUGUUGUUCUUCGUGUACGUUCUUUGUUCCAAAUCCCACGGGGAGAUGAAGAGGGACAACCACGGCGAGAUGAAGAGGGACUAGAGAUGAACCUAAGUUGUAACGCGGUGGAGGCUGUUCCCACGGAUUUUUACUUGGAAGCAACUGAAGCUGAAGAUGUACCACUACGGGGAGAUGAAGAAGAAUUUGACAUAGAGGCGUUGCUAGACUUUUUAUCCUUGGAAGCAACUGAAGCUGAACAUGUACCACUGUUCUCACGGGAGAUGAAGAGGGACCAGAGAUAGACCUACCUAUGGCGAUGCCAGACUUUGACCGUAUGGAUUAUGACUUGGAACCAACUGAAGCUGAACCUGUACCACUGAGUCCUGAACCUGUAUCACUGAGUCCUGA